GAUGCGCGUCGGUCGAGGUUGUAGCUCAGCGGGUUUGGAAGUUAGAGGCCCGCGGGCCCGUGUCCGGCUGCAGCUCUCGCCCCGGUUUCCCCCCCGCCGCCCCUACGGUCCGUCCGUCGGCCCUCUGCAGCCUCCCUUCCCCGCCCCGGGCCGCCCCCGGAACUCGCGAAUUGCCCGUAGAGAAGAGGCCUUUGGGAGGUUCUUCUUAAGAAGAUAGAAAAGGUAGUGGAAACGAGCCUCCUGAGCUUUUCCAGCCCUAAAUGGCAGCAGAAUCAAGAAAGUUGUUAGCCUCAUCCCCACCAGACCAAGCUCCUGAAGAAGACCUUGUAAUCGUCAAGGUAGAGGAAGAUCAUGGCUGGGACCAGGAAUCUAGUCUGCAUGAAAAUAACCCUCCUGGCCAGGAGCUAUUCCGUCUGCGCUUCAGGAAGUUAUGCUACCAGGAGACAUUAGGACCCCGAGAAGCUCUGAUACAACUCCGCGCACUCUGCCAUCAGUGGCUAAGGCCAGACUUGAACACCAAGGAGCAGAUCUUGGAGCUGCUAGUGCUAGAGCAGUUCUUGACCAUCCUGCCUGAGGAGCUCCAGACUCUGGUUAAGGAACAUCAGCUAGAGAACGGAGAGGAGGUGGUGACCCUGCUGGAGGAUUUGGAAAGGCAGAUUGAUAUAUUAGGACGGCCAGUCCCAGCCCGAGGACAUGGUCAUGGACUCUGGGAGGAGGUUGUACAUUCAGAGUCUGCACCAGAGCUUCCGAAUACUCAGCUCCGACCCAUGGCAACGCAGCACAACUCUCCAGUGCCCCAAGGGUCCCAAGACAAGGCCGUCUCUGCUUGUCAGAGCCCUGCCCCUUCCCAGAAAGGAAGUCCCGGGGACCAGGAGAUGACGGCUACACUUCUCACAGCAGGGCUGCAGACUCUGGAGAAGAUUGAAGACAUGGCUGUGUCCCUAAUUCGAGAGGAGUGGCUUCUUGAUCCAUCACAGAAGGAUCUGCAUAGAGAUGACAGGCCAGAAAAUUACAGAAACAUGUUCUCCCUGGGUGGUGAGACCAGGAAUGAGAACAGGGAAUUAGCUUCAAAACAGGUAAUAUCUACUGGAGUCCAACCACAUGGAGAGACAGCUGCCAAAUGCAACGGGGAUGUUAUCGGGGGUCAUGAGCGUGGAGAAGCUCGAGAUCUUCUGGGCAGAUUAGAGAGGCAGCGGGGAAAUCCCACGCAGGAGAGACGGCAUAAAUGUGAUGAAUGUGGGAAGAGCUUUGCUCAGAGCUCAGGCCUUGUUCGCCACUGGAGAAUCCACACUGGGGAGAAACCCUAUCAAUGUAACGUGUGUGGGAAAGCCUUCAGUUACAGGUCAGCCCUUCUUUCCCAUCAGGAUAUCCACAACAAAGUAAAACGCUAUCACUGUAAGGAGUGUGGCAAAGCCUUCAGUCAAAACACAGGCCUGAUCCUGCACCAGAGAAUCCAUACUGGGGAGAAGCCGUAUCAGUGCAAUCAGUGUGGGAAGGCUUUCAGUCAGAGUGCGGGCCUCAUUCUGCACCAGAGAAUCCACAGUGGGGAGAGACCCUAUGAAUGUAAUGAGUGUGGGAAAGCUUUCAGCCAUAGCUCUCACCUCAUUGGACAUCAGAGAAUCCACACAGGGGAGAAGCCCUAUGAGUGUGAGGAGUGUGGGAAAACCUUCAGGCGGAGCUCACACCUCAUUGGCCAUCAGAGAAGCCACACUGGGGAGAAACCCUACAAAUGCAAUGAGUGUGGGAGGGCCUUCAGUCAGAAGUCAGGCCUGAUUGAACACCAGAGAAUCCACACUGGAGAAAGACCCUAUAAAUGUAAAGAAUGUGGGAAAGCCUUCAAUGGGAACACUGGCCUCAUACAGCACCUGAGAAUUCACACAGGGGAGAAGCCCUAUCAAUGUAAUGAGUGUGGGAAAGCCUUUAUUCAGAGGUCAAGUCUUAUUCGGCAUCAGAGAAUCCACAGUGGAGAAAAAUCUGAAUCUGCUGGAGUUUAGGGAAAAACAACAGUCCUAGUUUGGGCAUUAUUCAGCAUUAGAGAAUCCACAUGCUGGUGAUGUCUUUCAGUGUAAGUAAAAAGGCAGAAACUUUGGCAUCACUACAACAUGAUCCUAGGGUCAGAAUCAAUAGCAGUGGCAGAGUUAGAAUAGCUCUUCAGUAGUUUGGGCCGGUGCCGUGAUGCAGGUGGAUCAGCUUGACUGUCUCGGGAGGUGUCUGAUGGAGCUGAGCUCCUGAGGUCCUAAUGCAUCCUUUAGAAACAAAGUAGCAUCUGAGCAGCUUGCUGGUGGUGGAGGCACUUAAUUUUGUGUUUCGGGUGAGUAGCUGUAGGUUUGAGAGGGGCUCCUCCCGGUUCCUUUGCUUCUUCCCGUCUCCUGUGAUCUCCUUCCCCUGUUCAUUUCCCUGCAGGCACAACUGUCAUCCUAACCCGCUCUGAGACGCUACUUUAGAGUGUGAAGCAGCCUCCCUGUGAGACUUAUAUUGGUAUUUAGCUUUCUGAGAACAUAGUUCUAGGGAACUUUUUACAGACACAUAAUGUAUUUAUGCUUAAGUGUGCGUGUUAUUUGAUUCCAAUGUUCCUGAUAGUCAAUGGAAAACUGUAUUCCCACGCAAACUCAGAAUGCUAUAUUUUUAACAGCACUCCAGCAUUUUUCUUCAUAUAUCACCUUCACUGACUCCCCUGAGUCACUGAGCGUCCAUACGUGUCCUUCACCACCCCCACCCUCAGCACCUGUGUCAGCAAAAGAAGUGAUAUGUGUGGGAGUGAAGCAGAGAAGGAGAUUCCCUUGCACUUGGAGGGAAUUCCAUUCCUCAUUCUCUUGGACUUGAAAUUUCAAGAAACCAGGAACAAAUCUGGUUGUUUCCAGAUCCUUGCUCUCUGUAAGACAUGAACGCUGCCUGAGACCAGUGCUGCAUGUGUGCGGGUCUUACAGGAUGGAGUCAAUGCCAGAGGGAAGGUAUGUGCACACACGCACAGUCUCCCAGGCAGUUGAGGGGAGCCCUCCAGUGAGGGCUCUUAGAGAAGCACGAUGAAACGACUGUAGGCACACCAGCUAACAUCGCUACCACAGUAAUGUGUAGCCAUGCUACGCAUUAAAUCCACAACGACUAAGCGUCUGGCAGAAU